ACGUCUGAUUUGGAUUCUUUUAAAAAAUCUCUUCACUGAUUUGGAUAUUUUGAGUAUGUCAGCUGUCUUCCCUCAUGGUGUAACACUGAUUGUUCUCAAUGUCUUGAUUGAUUGCUAUCAACCUCAACUGGCCUACCCAACCCUGGAGCAUCCUCCAGCAAGAAAUCUCUAGCCGGGAUCUCUGCAAACCAGUUUUGACACAUUUCAUCAAUCACAGCGCCUUCUCCACACACAACACACAUCUUUUUGCGUUUCAGUUGCAUUCUUUUCUUUCUUGAAAUAAUAAAGCAAUAUGCCAAAAAUGUUGCUUUUUUCUUUCAUCUUAAAUAGUAAAAUGGCUACACAAUAAUUAACCAAUUUUCUAAGUAUUUUUAGUGCAUGCUGAUAAGACAACUGUCACACUACAAUCUAACAAAAUCGCUUCGAAUGAAGUUAGACAGCUAAGCACUACUACAGACAUCUUACAUGAAAAAAGUCAAAGGAACUCUUUUGGAAACCCAAUAUCACAACUGGAAAAAACUAAGUCAAAGCCUCACCCAGAAAUGAAGAUAAAAUUCUCAAGUCCAAAAUUCAGGAUAUUGGAGAAGUAUGUCAUUCCUGGGCAGUUAGGCCUCUGGUGUGGCUGGCUAGAACCCUAGUGUCGGAUUCUUGUAAGAGGUACAGUAUGGUUUCCCCGUUUUGUGUAAAAUGUGAGUUGGAGAACCUGACAAACUACAGGUCCCAGGAACCUUAAAACCUGUAGCUACUAACAAAGUAUCAGCGUGGUGAUGUGGUGCUUCCUGGGAGAUGUAGUUUCCCGGGUAUUAAAACCAGGGCUUCUCUCUGGCUCCCGCAUACCUUUCUUUUAGCAGGUCCGAGCCCACCUAGAUUGGCGUGUGUGAGCCUGACCGCCUCCGCGCACGACGUCAGGCUCUGACCCUGCUUCAAGCCACUCCUAUUCUUCGGCUGACCCCUGAUGGUCACGUGGAGCUCCUCGCCACGCAAGUCUGGGUCCUGCGAUCCACCGGGGUCCUAGCUGUCCGGGAGCCGCUCCUAAGCUGCCUGUUCGCGCGAGAGUUUGGAGGGGCGGGUUUGGGGUCGGUCUCCGCUGUGGGACGCGUACUGCAGCGCCUCUGAGCCCCGCUUGGGAAUCCACUUAGGGCUCGAGGAGCUGGCUCAGGCAGUCACCCGGGCACCCCGCGUCUGGAGCGCGCAGGAGCGCUCUGGAGACGCCUGGACAGCCCCGCUCCCCCGCAGCCAGGUGCUAGGGUCGGGAGCUAAAGUGAGACUUCGGCUGUCUUCCAGUGCCUGGGCCACGGCGGCGGCCCUGGGAGCAGAGGUGGAGCAACCCCAUCGCGUCAAAGAUGAAAGGCUGGGGUUGGCUGGCCCUGCUUCUAGGGGCCCUGUUGGGAACUGCCUGGGCCCGGAGGAGCCAGGAUCUACACUGUGGAGCUUGCAGGGCUCUGGUGGAUGAACUUGAGUGGGAAAUUUCCCAGGUGGAUCCCAAGAAGACCAUUCAGAUGGGCUCUUUCCGAAUCAACCCAGAUGGCAGCCAGUCAGUGGUGGAGGUGCCUUAUGCUCGCUCAGAGGCCCACCUCACAGAGCUGCUAGAGGAGGUGUGCGACCGGAUGAAGGAGUAUGGGGAACAGAUCGACCCUUCCACGCACCGCAAGAACUAUGUACGUGUCGUGGGCCGGAAUGGAGAAUCCAGUGAACUGGACCUACAGGGCAUUCGAAUUGAUUCAGACAUCAGUGGCACCCUCAAGUUCGCGUGUGAGAGCAUUGUGGAGGAGUACGAGGAUGAACUCAUUGAAUUCUUUUCCCGAGAGGCUGACAACGUUAAAGACAAACUUUGUAGUAAGCGGACAGAUCUAUGUGACCAUGCCCUGCACAUAUCCCAUGAUGAGCUAUGAACCACUGGAGCGGCUCAGACUGACAAGCUUGAUGGAUUACCCCCAGGAGGGGAAGAGGGUGGCAAUGCCUUUUAUAUUAUGUUUUUACUGAAAUGAACUGAAAAAAUAUGAAACCAAAA